AAAAUGAAUCUCAAAUUCCUCCCAUAAUUAAUCGAUUUCUCCUCUGCAAACAUAUUUGCCUUUUCCAACGGGGAUGUUGAGGACGAGAUUCUACACCUCAAUCUCCCUCAUUGGGUUUGAAAGCUUCUUCUUUGAUACCAUGGUUAUCACAUAGAGGUUGAGAUUCGAGUGGAGCCGUGAAGAAGAGAAGAGCCAGAUCUAGGUGUUAGCGGAUCAAAAGACUUGCUAUCAACGCAAGUCAAGCUAGAAGCAAGGAACUAGAUUAGGGUUUUGACAACUAGCAAGAGUAGAAGAGGGUGGAGGGGUGAGAGGAAUCAAAUCUGGGUUUGAGAGCUUCUUCUCCAUCCCUGUCCCUAUAUAAGCCCCAAUCACAAGAUCAUACCCAAAGUUAGAUUCCUUCAGUAACCCAACAUUGUCAGUGGUCUUGAGACCAGAAACUCAAGCAACCAUAUUGCCGCUCCAGAAGGACAAUGCCUCCGAGAAAGUCUGCCCGUGCAUCGAUAACAAUAGUCAGAUUCUUUAAAUUCAGAACUGAGUUACAAAUAUUUCUAUUAUAACGGCCGUUCACCCACGAGGUUGAGAUGGUUGAAAAUUUUUCAAGUAUUGACCAUGAAUCUUCUUUAGUUCGAACAGGAAAAUUCCCUGAAAGUACACUGUCAUCACUAAUUUCCUCCUAAAAUAGCAGCAAGGCAACUUUUGCAAUUAACAUGGAUAUGAGAAUGUUAUCCAAAUAACCAAAAUUGGCAAGUAUAAACCUCCUAUUUUCAUGCAUCUUCGAUCCCAAGCUGCCUUAGAGAGUCCGGACCAACAAGAAAUACACGCCUUCUGGUCUGGAAUCGGAAAACCACAAUUCCUUUAUACGCCGCCCUUGGUACGCCAUCCUAGGAACACAAAGAAUCAAAAUGCACCCGAACAUACAAAAGUGAUUUUCUCAAGCACCAAAAGCUUAAAAGACAAGGUUUUCCAGUCAUGUGAAAGUGCAAAGACAUAAAAUUCCAAGGAGCAAGGACACAGAAAGCAUUUGAAUUUGAAUGAACAAUAUUGUCAUUUUCCUGGACCAAACUGAAAUAGGAAAUGGCUUCCUGAUUUACUUAAAAAAAACAUAAAGAGAUAAUAGGAAAUGGCUUCCUGAUUUACUUAAAAAAACCAUAAAGAGAUAAUAGUAACAUUAAGUGAAGAAAUAUUCCAUCAAACU